AUGGACCCUUUACGCCGUCUGCUCGGCCUCUCGCCUUCCAUGAGUCCCCCUGCCAGGGUUGGAAGCGACCAAGUCUACCCGGUCCACCUGCUCGACGACACCAAAGCCUUCCGUAACUUGGUGCUCACCUGGACCCUGCGCUUCAACGACGUCCUGGACGCAGAUAAGCUGCAUGCCUCGCUAUGCCGACUCUUGGAGAUCGGAGACUGGAGGAAGGUGGGCGGGCGCCUUCGGUUAAAUGACAAUGGCCGGCUGGAGAUCCACAGCCCAAACCCCUUCACUGCCGAACGCCCGGCCGUGUCAUACACCCACCGCACACUGACCAUGGACCUCGAAGACCACCCACUAGCAAGCAUCCUCCCUAAGCCGACCAAGACCCCAUCGCUCCAACAGGGACCGGGGGCCUUCCAAGAGUUCGCAGUGCGGGAGAACGCACCAGCCACCCUGGCUGACUUCAUCUACCACGACACACCGCAGCUCUCGCUGCACAUCACCUCCUUCAACGACGCGACUCUGGUCGGCCUCUCGUGGCCGCACACGCUCAUGGACGUCAUGGGCCAGCAGGCUCUGCUGCACGCCUGGUCUCUCGUCGUCGCAGGCCGCGAAUCGGAAGUCCCGCCCCUGCUAGGCGCACGGGAUGACGAGCUCUGUGCGCUUGCCGACGCGCCAGAUGCGCAGAAGGAAGAGUCCAUGCUCGCCGAGAAGCGUUUAAGAGGCGUUGCGAUGCUCAUGUUCGCCCUGCGGUUCCUCUGGGAUAUGUUGUGGAAUUGGACGGUCGAGGCCCGGACUGUCUUCCUUCCUAAAAGUGUGGUGGACGACCUGCUUCACCAGGCGAGACGUGACCUAGCAGUCUCAGCUCCUGAUGGAGACCAAGAUGCGGAGAAACCGUUCAUCAGCGAAGGCGACGUCCUGACGGCAUGGGCAUCGCGCGCAAUAGCACGCUCCCUGUCCCGACCACGUCCCAUCACCGUGCUCCAGGUCCUCAACGCGCGCUUCCGCCUGCCAUCCCUAAUCAAAGCCCCCGGAGUCUACAUCCAGAACAUGGCCAUGGGCACAUUCGCAUUCCACUCACCUGCACUAAUCAAGAACGGAACCCUGGGCCCCCUUGCCCUGCAGAACCGCCGUGAUCUCACAGCGCAAGCAACAGAAAAGCAGGUCCUCGCGCUCCUCCGAGAACUACGCCAGCGAGCAAAAUCCGGCCGCGAGCCUGUAAUUGUUUGUGGCGAACCAAAUGCCACGCUGAUGAUCGUGAGCAAUUGGACAAGGGCCAAUGCACUCAAAACAGCGGACUUUGGCGGUGCGGUGGUGCGGCCUGGCGAGCAGGGCCCGUCGAGACUGAACCCGCCUGGUACGCCUGUAUUCCAUUUUCCAAACUCGAUGCGCCGGGAUCCGACGCAGCGGAAUGUUGUUGUGGUGCUGGGGAAGGAUCAUGGCGGGAACUACUGGCUCGCUGGGAUGUUGCGGCCGCAGACUUGGGCUGUGAUGGAAAAGGAUGUGAAUGGAGACUUGCAAGGGCUGUAG